AUGUCUUCCAUCGUCAACAAAGUCAAAGAUGUUCUCCAUUCCGACAAGGACAAGACCACACGCCAUGAGGGAACUCACUCCUCAACACAUCCCACCACUGGCACUCACACCACCAGUGCCGCCGAGCCUCGCAUCCAUGACACCACCACCACCGGCCCAGUAGGGGGCACUACUGGAACCCAUAACACCGCCUUCGCCGGCUCAGACAACUAUGCUCAUGGUGCCGGAGCCAACCGCGGCGCCUCCGGCCCGGCCUCCAAGACUGACGGUCCUCACAACUCCAAUCUCCUGAACAAGGCCGACCCUCGUGUCGACUCGGACCGCGACCACAGCAAGAACCUGGGCAUGAACCCGCAGGGCACUGCUACAACCGGUACCACUACCGGAACUGGUAUUGGUGGCGCCCAGCAUCACAGUGGUGUCGCUGGCACUACUGGCCCAGCUACACGCACAGCUGGCCCUCAUGAGUCCAACUUGGCGAACAAGGCUGAUCCCCGUGUCGACUCUGACCGUGACCACAGUCGCAACUUGGGCAUGAACCCCCGUGGUACAGCUACUACCGGCACCACUGGUGGUCUUGGCUCUGCAGGUCCUACUGGCGCCGCCAUCGGUACCACGGGCACCAACCGUGGCUCCGAUGGCCCUGCCACCCGCACUGAUGGCCCUCACGAGUCCAACUUGGCGAACAAGGUCGACCCUCGUGUUGACUCUGACCGGGACCACAGCCGUAACCUCGGAGCCAACCCUCAUGGAACUGCUACUACUGGCACUACUGGCACCACUGGCCUUGCGGGUACUCACGGAACUCACACCGGCACCGCCGGUACUUCUGGCACUGGCCACAACGCUGCUUUCUUCUCCAGUGGCGCAAGUGGUGCUACUGGCAUUAACCGUGGCACAGACGGCCCAGCUACUCGCACCGAUGGUCCCCACGAGUCCAACUUGGCGAACAAGGCCGACCCUCGUGUUGACUCUGACCGAGACCAUAGCCGCAACCUGGGAGCCAAUCCUCACGGAACUGCGACUACCGGCACCACCGGCGUCACUGGUUCUCACGGAACUCACACCGGUACUCACGGAACCCACACCGGUGCUCACGGCACUCACGCUGGCACCACCGGCGCCGGCCCCGGACCAGCCCCGAACACUGCCGGUCCUCACAAGUCCGACAUGCUGAACAAGGCUGACCCUCGUGUCGACAGCGAUCUUGACGGCAGCAAGACCUUCGGCGGCAACAAGACGACCGAGUCUAUGGGCCACAAGGAUCCUACAGAUGCGGCGCAGGUUCCCCCUUCAGUAUUGCAGAAGCACAUUGGUGCCCCGACUGUUGAACAUGAGAAUGCUUCGCAUGAUCGUGCCAAGAGACACAGUGUUUCACACCAGGAACAGCACCGUGGUUUGUAA